AUGGCGAACGCUAGUGAGCCGGGCGGCGGCGGCGGCGGCGGCGGGGCCGAGGCGGCCGCGCUGGGCCUCAGGCUGGCCACGCUCAGCCUGCUGCUGUGCGUGAGCCUGGCGGGCAACGUGCUGUUCGCGCUGCUCAUCGUGCGGGAGCGCAGCCUGCACCGUGCGCCUUACUACCUGCUGCUCGACCUGUGCCUGGCCGACGGGCUGCGCGCGCUCGCCUGCCUCCCGGCCGUCAUGCUAGCUGCGCGGCGCGCGGCGGCCGCGGCGGGGACGCCUCCGGGCGCGCUGGGCUGCAAGCUGCUGGCCUUCCUAGCCGCGCUCUUCUGCUUCCACGCGGCCUUCCUGCUUCUAGGCGUGGGCGUCACCCGCUACCUGGCCAUCGCGCACCACCGCUUCUACGCCGAGCGCCUGGCCGGCUGGCCGUGCGCCGCGAUGCUGGUGUGCGCCGCCUGGGCGCUGGCGUUGGCCGCGGCCUUCCCGCCGGUGCUGGACGGCGGUGGCGCGGACGACGAGGACGCGCCGUGUGCCCUGGAGCAGCGGCCCGACGGCGCCCCGGGCGCGCUAGGCUUCCUGCUGCUGCUGGCCGCCGUGGUGGGCGCCACGCACCUCGUCUACCUCCGCCUGCUCUUCUUCAUCCACGACCGCCGCAAGAUGCGGCCCGCGCGCCUGGUGCCCGCCGUCAGCCACGACUGGACCUUCCACGGCCCGGGAGCCACGGGCCAAGCGGCUGCCAACUGGACGGCGGGCUUCGGCCGCGGGCCCACGCCACCCGCGCUGGUGGGCAUCAGGCCUGCAGGCCCGGGCCGCGGCGCCCGGCGCCUCCUGGUGCUGGAGGAGUUCAAGACGGAGAAGAGGCUGUGCAAGAUGUUCUACGCCAUCACGCUGCUCUUCCUGCUCCUCUGGGGGCCCUAUGUGGUGGCCAGUUACCUGCGCGUCCUGGUGCAGCCGGGCGCUGUCCCGCAGGCCUACCUGACAGCCUCGGUGUGGCUGACAUUCGCGCAGGCUGGCAUCAACCCCGUGGUGUGCUUCCUCUUCAACCGGGAGCUGAGGGACUGCUUCAGAGCCCAGUUUCCCUGCUGCCAGAGCCCCCAGGCUUCGCAGGCCACCCUCCCCUGCGACCUGAAAGGCAUUGGUUUGUGAGGCGCGCUCUGCCACCCAGGCUCCCUCUGGCUUCGAUUGUGACCGCUUCUUCCCCUUCUGUCCCGUGUCUGGUUUUUCUCCGCUGCCUUCACAAGACUCUCAAAGUGGACACGCACUUGGAUUGUACAGACUCCUGUUCUGGGGGCGGGGGAGGGGAUGCCGUGGUCCAGUUCCGUCCUUAUAAUUAUUCUUUCCUCCUGGCCGUAGGCCCUGCAGUCUUUUUUGUACUGGUACCGACUUCUUUUCUUCCACGUGUGAUUUUUUUUUUUUUUUAAAUAAAGGCUACACUGGUUUUAUUCAUGCAAAGUUUCCUAGAGACCAUGGCCAGUUUUCUACAGAAGCUAUUUUUGACAACCUCAAGUGGCAUUACCUUUGCAUUGCAGUUAAGGAGAGAGGGCUAGGGGAUCUUCUGUUGGAGAUGGAAGAGAGAGACGAAGUUGUCUAAAGACCCCUCUGAAUCGCAGGCCACAGGACUAGGUGUCUUGUGUACCUUGUUUGGAAGUGCGGGGAACUUUCCCCAGCGGUGACACUGAACUUUAAGAGGAAA